CGAUAACUGGCUACACUGCACAGGACACAUUAUAAGGCCAUUUCCAUUUUCAAUGAAACGAAGAGCAACUGUUGCUGUUGCCAAAACCAGGCCGACGUCAAAGUAACAGUUGGUUAGCUAGAGCCAGCUAGCUAAGUUUAACUGUGUUUGUUAGCUAGCCAGCUGGUUGUCCGCUGUUUUCGGUCCAGUUUCGGGCUUUCACUGUUUUGAAGAUGUGCUCUCUGGCGUUGUUUCCUCCUCCGCUGCCCUCCGGACAGACCACUCUGUGCGAGGCCAACAACGAGCUGCUGUCUGGAACCACCACCGAAGACCAACUGAAACAGGAGUCCAGUCCUCUGAGUUUGUAUUUCCCCAGAGAGUCUCUGAAGCUCCACAGUCGCACAGAGAGCAGCAGCAAGGCAGCCUUCCUGGACCACUCUGAAACACUGUGGAUGAGGAGUGCAGCAGCAUGGCGGGAUGGUGGUUUCACAGGGCUACUCAAUGAAAUUACCAAGUCACACACAGAGGUGCCUAAAUGGCUGUCAGUGAGUUCUGGUUGUACGCUGGCGUUGCUUCGAAAGAUCUCUUCCUUUCACAGCUCCCUGUUUCCUCAUCUCACUUUGAGCAGCGAGGACAUGAUUGCUGAGUUUUCACAGGUGCUGAACUGGUCUGACUGUGUGGUGCGAGCCUUUGCCUGGCAUCCUCAUACAGAUAAAUUUGCUGUAGCCCUACUGGACGACUCCAUUAAGAUCUACAACCCCAAAAGCGCCACAACCCCCACACUGAAGCACCGUCUGCAGAGGAGUGUUGCAGCUGUGCAGUGGAAGCCGCUGUGUGCGUCAGCCCUCGCUGUUGCAUGUCAAAACUGUUUACUGGUCUGGCAUGUGGACCCCUGCUCGCUGUCAACCAGGCCUUCAUCUGGCUGUGCUCAAGUUUUGUCUCAUCCCGGUCACUCCCCCGUCACUUCCAUCGCCUGGUCCCCAAGUGGAUCUCUCCUCGUGUCGGCCUCACCUAUGGACACUGCAAUGAUGGUUUGGGACGUAGCUUCAGAAAGCUGUGUGCCACUUCAGCGUGUUGGAGGAGGUGGGGUCAGCUUCCUGUCCUGGUCCCCUGAUGGCAGCCAUGUCCUGGCUUCCACACCAUCUGCUCUUUUCAGGGUUUGGGAGACCAGGAUGUGGACCUGUGAGCGUUGGCCAUGCGUGAAAGGACGCUGCCAGUCUGGCAGUUGGAGUCCAGAUGGGAGUCGACUUCUCUUCACCGUACAGGGAGAAAUGGUCAUCUACGCUCUGACCUUCACUGAUGCACCAGGCGUACCUACAAUCACAUCAAAGGGGCCACAGGCAGCAGCAGUGGUGGCCGACCUAUCAGAGACAACCUUUAACACACCAGAUGGAGACAUCAUUGUUGGUGGAGAGAUCCAGUCUUUAGCCUGGGACCCAACAGGAGAGAGGCUUGCAGUGCUUCUCAAAGGAGAUCCGCAGGCAGCCGACAGGCCUGCAAUCAUAGCCGUGUUUAAGACGAGAACCAACCCCAUUUUUGAGCUUCUGCCAUGUGGUUUUGUCCAAGGGGAGCCUGACGCAGAGCCAAGACUGAUGCAGUUCCACCCAAAUUUCCAACACGGGGCUCUGCUGACUGUGUGUUGGUCCAGUGGAAGAAUUACCCAUGUACCUUUCUACUUCCUGAGCGCCGGCGUUCCCCAUUUUGGCCUCAGUGGCAGUCCGUUACAGCCGCGGCCUCAAGCGAAGCCCACAGACUUUGCCAAUCAGUCGCUCUUCACAGAGCUCAUCUCUUGACCGACCCUCAGCCACCAUCACACACUCACAAGUCAUUGUUAUCAUCAUGGAUUGUCAAUAAAUAU